UUGGACAUUAUUACCGGGUUGGGCGGGCCCGGUCUGGGAGGGGUUUGUGGGUGAGCCCUGGGUCCCCCGCCCGCUGAGGAGAUGGAUGAGGACGGGCUUCCUCUCAUGGGGUCAGGCAUAGACCUGACGAAGGUGCCAGCUAUUCAACAGAAAAGAACGGUGGCAUUUCUAAACCAAUUUGUGGUGCACACUGUACAGUUCCUCAACCGCUUUUCUACAGUUUGUGAGGAGAAACUGGCAGACCUUUCUCUUCGUAUCCAGCAAAUUGAAACAACUCUAAAUAUUUUAGAUGCAAAGUUGUCAUCUAUCCCAGGCCUAGAUGAUGUUACAUUUGAAGUUUCUACUGUAAGUGCCACUGGUAUCACAAAUGAAUCACAUUCUGAAACCACUGCAGAGAAAUCACAGCAGAACAGUUUACAAGACUCUGGACCACAGGAAAGUGAAGUAACACCAGAAAAUAUCUUAACUGUAGCCAAGGACCCAAGAUAUGCCAGAUAUCUCAAAAUGGUUCAAGUGGGUGUUCCAGUGAUGGCAAUAAGAAACAAAAUGAUAUCGGAAGGACUAGACCCAGAUCUUCUUGAACAUGAGCAACCCAACAGGACCAGUUGGCAGCUGUAGCUUCAGUUUUGUGGAGUCCUUACAGUGCUUCCUGGGGGAAGUGUGCCAGCUUCUUCCCCUUACCCUGUCAGGAUACAGGACCUCCAAUCCAGCAAAGCCUAAGGUGGUAGGAAUGGGAAACACAUUCUACAAGUAGCUCACUGGGAAUGGUGGUAAGAAAGGCCAAUCCUAUUUCUAUCCUCUUGGUUCCUGCACCUUGAAGUUGGGAACAGAGAAUCAUAUGCUUUCAUUGGUAUAGUGCAUGUAUCCUAUCCUGGAAAAUAGAACCUUAAUCCUACAGGAUAUUAUAUCUGAGCUGAUGCCUAAGCUGACUCUGUAAUAGGCCAUUUCAUUGUUCUACUAGAUUAAUUGCUUCUGGAUGAUGCUGUAUACAUAGGACCAUGGAUGUAAUAACUCAUGUUCUUUGUUUGCUAUAAAACAGUUUCUUGAUCCAAGGCAGUGUAAUCCAGGAUACUAUGUUGAUAAUAGGCAUUCUGUAGACUAUCAGAUAGUAAUGAUAGCAGAGGUACUGCUGGAAAGGAAGGCAAGCCUAUAUUAAGAGUGCAAAUUAAUUAGUAUAGGAAUGAAUGAAUUCCUCCUUCAGGGUGAAAGGAAAUCAGUGCACACAACUUGCUACCAAGUAGCUAUUUGGUUUCGAUAAAGGAAUGGUACCAAAUCAUUGGUCUAUGCUGCUGACAGAGCACGUAUUCAAUAGUGGUAGUAACUAGAGCAGCCCUUAAUGAGAGAAAAACCAAGCUGUUGGGCCCAUACGUGGCCUCCCUCUAUCUCUUAUCACCAUGAUUACUCCAUUCAUGGGUUUGCUGUACAAACCUGGAGUGGGUAAGGAUAAGACUGACUGAAAUCUAUUGGAAUCAUCCUAUCUGCCUAAUUGUUGCUUCCUCAGGUGAGUUGACAUUCCAUGAUACAAAAAUCUGCACAUUUCACCAUAAUCAAAAGACUGUUUUUAUCCUUAACUCAAGCCAUGUCUUUCUCUAUCAACAUGGAUGACCAAGGGCACUGUUAGAAGCUCUGUCCAUCAGGAAGAUUUUUGCCUCACCAGUAAUCCGUACAGCCCCCUCUGAGAGAGGCUGUAGUGGAGAAGCCAGUCAUUGUUGUCUCACCCCAAUUUAUCCAGCUGGUCCAUCCCUGAACACGGCCUACUUUUUCCUUGUCUGUCACUUGGUAUGUUAAUAUUGCAAAAAAUAGCCGCAGUUCUUCACUUCCCCCUGUCUCCGUGCCUUUUGCCAUAUACUUUUGCAUUGCCUUCCCACUGUGGGUGGAGCAUUCUGCCUCACCUUCUGACUCUGAACUUAACCAUGUGAUUUUGCUUUGGGCCAGUAGAAUGUUAGCAUAUGUGAUUCAAGCAGAGGCUUGAAAACUACUUGGAUGGUCUUGCCUUCUCUUGUGCCUCUGCCACUGACAUAAGAAUAUGACCAGGAUAGUCUGAUGGAGAAUGAAUGACAUGUGGAACAGAGCUAAGUUGUUCUAUUCACCCAGCAGCCAACCCCAAAAUGUGAGCAAGCGCAGCCAAGAUUAGAACAUAUGCCUAGCCAAUUCCCAGCUGGCCCUAGAUGUGUGAAUAAUAAAUGCUCGUUGUUAUUAUAUGGUAUAACUGUAGCAAUAUAUAACUGAUACAACUGAUCAUAGGUAAUUCCCCAUGAGAUCAUAGGAAUAGGUUGAAGGAGAUACAUUAGUGUAAGAGAUGUAAGUGAUAGGGGAAUCUAGGCUACGUGUCCAUGUAACUUACACAUACCGUGUGCACUUGCUCAGGCUUGAUCCCAAAUGUAUCAUUUCUGUCAAAUGAUAGAUUGCUACUGGGACUAUCUGACCUGAUGAUUUGGUGAAUCUGAUAACACCCACCUCAUGAUGGGCAGCUCUAAUUAAUCACUUGAUAUCAGAUUUUCAGUUUCUGUUGGGUGUGGAGGUAUGCCAGGAGCUGUUUUUCAAGCAAUCAAAAGGCAUGACUUUGCUCCAGAACCUAAGAUCUGUGAUGUUAACUUUCUAGUAGAGUUUGCCAGAGAUGCUACACAGUGUUCUACAUCAGGUAUCUGUAGUGUCAAUGGAUAGUAGGUCAUGUAAUCAGCUGAGCAGCAGGACAGCUUAUGUCACAGCCUGAACCUGGAACACAGCCCUCUCUGCUCUGUGCUCCAUUUGAAACUGGCAGCCUUCCAAAUCUCCCCAUCAUAAAUAGGUGAGAGCAGUAUUUGGCUUUCAAAAGCCAAGAUCCCCAACAUGCUAUACCUCGUUCUUAAUGGUAGAGGGCACAAGUUUAAUAACUUGUCCUUUACCUCAGAGGGGAUGUCCCAGCAUCCUCCAGACCAUUGAACCAUUAAAACCUGCAAGGAUCUGAAUCUUCCAUUUUCUAGCUUAUGUGUAUCUUAUAGGGCACCAAGAUCCUUCCUACGUCCUCUUCACCAAAUCUUAUUAGCCUGAUUUACCAAUACAAGUUACCAGCAUGAGAUUUUGUGGAAUAUCAGGAUGAACAAUAUCCCUGCAUCCCUACGGGAUGUAGCUACCUACUACUGAUUUUCCCAAAGAUGUCGGCACCACCCUCAUUACUCACAUUCUUUAUUUCCUUAGUAAAGAGAGUUCUCUAGAUCCUUCCUGGGAAAAUAGUAGGUUGGUUCUCUCAGCACAAGAAAUAAAUCUAUUCUGACAUUCCCAUCUCUCUGCCACUGACCUCUUCCUCAGUCCUUUGACAAGGCAGUUUCAGCAUCUCCGUCUAAUUUAGUAUAGGCCAUCACGACCAAGUUUCAAGAAGCCAUCCCGACAGCCUGUUAGCACCAGUUCCAUGUGUCCUUGCCAGGAUGUUAAAUGUUGAGUGACAAGAGUGCUCUCAUGUCAAUAAACUCUCUUCUAUCCAGCCUUAUAUUCUGCCCCCUCUGGUCUGACACACUCCAGAUCUAUUCCCACACAUGUUCUCCAGAUUUCUGCCAAUACUUGUUAGCCAGUUCUAAAAUUCAGUAAAUAGGCUAUUUCUUUCCAGAUCAAGGACUAUAUUUUCUCUCUCAGCUAAAACUUGACAUUAGUUAUUCUUCUCAAGGCAGUGGGGGAAAGACAAAUUAAAUCUUGAGGUGGUAAAGGUCAUGUUCCAUAGAAGUUAUCCACUUCAAGUGAAAACCGCACGGCCUCCAGGUAAGGCAAGGCUGCUCUCCUCUAGUAAAGGAGAAAGAGCUGCUUUGGCUGGCAUGCUAUUCAAGCUGGUCAAGCACAUCCACUCAGAUUUUCUCCGUCCCUCUUUGAUAUCAGGGCUAUGGCGUUAGCAAAACAAAUGUAUGGAGGCUGCACAUUUCAUCUCCUUUUCAGGUCUGCCACCCUUAAACUCUGGACCUGAUUUUCACCACAGCUGUCCUAUGGCUGAGGAAAUAAUGAUCUCUUUAAAUACUGUGAAAUUGGCCUUUUGGCUUUCAGUGUGCCCUAAGAUGAUAGUUGAUGGAUCUGAGUCUUUUACUUCCCUUUUUCAAGAUUUCCAAGACAACAAAUGCUAGUCAAUUCUGCAAUCCUUUACCCCCAAACCAUUCUACUGACAGAGCCGCUGGAUAACUCAUGGCUUCUUGUCCCAAUCCACCACCAGUGAGAUUCUUACGAAUUGUGAGACACACCAGAGACUACCACUGUCCUGCUUAUCCUAACAAUAGGGUAAGUGAUCCAGUUCUAGAAGCCUACCCUGGGGAUGUUUUCCAGGGCCACUAUCAUACCAAAGUCCUAUGUUCUAUUCUUCCUAAAACAGAUCUGGAGACAAACACUCGGGCACAAGAUGUUUAUUUGUGAACUAAUCCCAGGAGACAAGAGUGAGAGAGUAGGAAGAAUGGGACAGGGAAAAAAAUACAAGGGUAGAUUACCAAGAUUUCCACUGUGGGUGCUUGGGACUUGAUUCCAAGACCAACACCUCCUUAGAAAUGAACAGCUCCUUCCCAGAAUUGUUCAUCAGAAGGACUGGAGAAUGGACCAUGUGUCCACUAGCCCUGGACCCAAUGACUGAGGGCAUUAUUCCUCUACACUUCUGUGAUAUACUUGCCUGUACACCUGGGUGGCUCCAUGGCAUUAUAAAGGACAUUUUGUCAGAAAGUGGAGAAGUAGGGCAUUCACUGCAGAUGGGUUGCUAUCACCAAAAGAGUGAGGGAGUCCAAGAUUGAAUAGAACUCUACGACCGCUGUGACUGAAAUCCAAGGUGGGCCUGGGUGAUGUGUUGCAGGGCACUGCCAGAAGCUUCUGCUGCACACAAUGCUGCUUCUAAAACACCAAAUUGAUCUGAACUUAACUUUUAUUUAAAAUGUAUAAUUUUCAUCUUAGAUAUAAAGACAAAUUGGAUGGUAAGCCACACACGAGAUUUCCAGAACUUUUUCAUUACAAAUUUUAGUUUUUAAAAUCUUCCAAGAAUGAGCAAAGGGUAAAAAAUGAUUAAAUCUGUAUCUUUACAGUCUGUGGUAAUUAUAAUAAAAUUUUUAAAUGUUUCCUUUUACACAUCCCUGCAGAGUUUUUCUGUGAAACUUUUAUAUCUGAAUCAGAGCAUGGCUUCUGUUAGAGAAUAAAUUGUGUCCAUGUGCUCUUGAAGAGUGCCCAGACAACAUAAUGUUCAGUGAAACUGUUUUGUUUCUGAUCAAGUUCUUCACAAAAACAAACUCGAUUUCCAGGAUCCAUGAAGAACUUAAAUUCCCACAAUUUAGUCCUGUACUUCACAGCUGCUGCAACAGUGCCAAGGCGUCUUUUCAAAAACAGUCACUUUUACCUUUCUUGUUGGGAAGAGUAAUAAACAAAAGCACUGACAUUAAAAGAGAGUGUCAUGGAUUUUGAAUAGGAAGCUUAAACAAGAGACAUUUAUCUUCCUUUGGAACGUGAAGUGUAAAGAUUUUAUUUGUGACUCCAUUUUCUCUGUUCCCAAAACACUAUUACUUUAGACUGGCAGCUUAUAAGUGAAUAAACUUGGGGAAAAUUCAUUUUACAAUAUCUACAAAAUAUUUAUUAGUCAUUUGUGUAUACUUACAUUCAAAUUGAUAUAAGUAGAUUAAAAUACUUUAGAAUUAAGCACUUCAUAGUUAACUUUACAAAUAUUUUUUCUCAGUAAAUUCUAAGUAUUGGAAUAAUAACUUUUUAAAUUUUAUUUUUUAUUUUUCAAAAUUUACAUCCAAAUUAGUUAGCAUAUAAUGCAACAAUGAUUUCAGGAGUAGAUUCCUUAGUGCCCAUUCUCCAUUUAACCCAUCCCCCUCCCACACCCCCUCCAGUAACCCUCAGUUUGUUCUCCAUAUUUAUCAGUCUCUUCUGUUUUGUCCCCCUCCCUGUUUUUAUAUUAUUUUUGUUUCCCUUCCCUUAUGUUCAUCUGUUUUGUCUCUUAAAGUUCUAAUAUGAGUGAAGUCAUAUGAUUUUUGUCUUUCUCUGAUUGAAUAAUAACAUUUUUAAAUCUAGAAGAAAUCUUUGCAAAUAUCUAGUCUAAUUGCCUCUUUUUUUUUUACCAAUGAAUAAAUUGAAGCACAGAAGAGCUGAAGGAUUCUCCCAAGAAAUAGAAGAAAGAAAAGUUUAUUUAUAUGAACAAAAAUACUUCAUCAGUUAUAUUCUUAUCUUAAAUAGAUUUUUAGUAAUCGUUUUUUAAAUUAUUUUUAAUGUUUUUUUUGAGAAAGAGAGAGAGCACCAGCAGGGGAGGAGCAGACAGCGAGGGAGACACAGAAUGAGAAACAGGCUCCAGACUCCGAACUCUGAACUCCAAGCUCUGAACAGAGCCCAAUGUGGGGCUUGAACCCACAAACUGUGAGAUCAUGACCUGAGCUGAAGUUGGGCGCUCAACUGACUGAGCCAUCCAGGUGCCCCAUUUUAGUAAUCUUCUUAUGAGUUCACAUUGUGGGGCACCUGGGUAGAUCAGUUGAUGAAGUGUCUGCCUUCAGCUCAGGUCAUGAUCUCAUGGUUCUUGAGUUUAAGCCCCGCGUUGGGCUCUCUGCUGUCCAUGCAGAACCUGCUUUAGAUCCUGUGUCCGCCCCGCCCCCCACCACUUGCGUGCUCCCUCUUUCUCUCCCCCCGCCCAAAAAAAGAAAAGUUCACAUUGUAAUCUGCAAAGUGGAGUUCUGAAAAUUUUUUUCUUUUUUUUUAAUUAAUUAAAUUUUUUAAAUUCUAUCCAAGUUAGCAUAUAGUGCAAUAAUGAUUUCAGAAGUAGAUUCCAGCGAUUCAUCCCCUAUGUAUAACACCCAGUGCUCAUCCCAACAAGUGGCUUCCUUAAUGCCCCUUACCCAUUUACCCAUAGCCCCCACCUACAACCCCUCCAGCAAGCCUCAGUUUGUUCUCUGUUUUUGAGUCUCUUAUGUUUUGUCCCUCUCCCUGUUUUUGUAUUAUUUUUGCUUCCCUUCCCUUAUGUUUAUCUGUUUUGUAUCUUAAAUUCCUCAUAUGAGUGAAGGGAUAUGAUAUUUGUCUUUCUCUAAUUCCACAUAUAAGUGAAAUCCUUUGGUACUUGUCUUCCUCUGACUGACUUAUUUUGCUUAGCAUAAUCUUUAGCUCUAUCUAUGUCAUUGCAAAUGGCAUAUUUCAUUCCUUUUUAUGGCUGAGUAAUACUCCAAUGUGUGUAUGUAAUAUAUACAAUAUAUAUGUUAUAUAUAUGUCAUAUGUGUGUGUAGGUGUAUAUAUAUACAUAUAUACCUAUACACACCACAUCUUUAUCCAUUCAUCAUGGAUUAGAAGAACAAAUAUUGUUAAAAUGCCUAUACUAUCCAAAGAAAUCUACACAUUGAAUGCAAUCUCUGUCAAAAUUUCAACAAUUUUUCACAGAGCAAGAGCACACAAUUCCAGACUUCAAGUUAUAUUACACAGCUGUAGUGAUCAAAACAGUAUGGUACUGGGAAAAAAUAGACACAUAAGUCAAAGAACAGAAUAGAGAGCCCAGAAAGGAACCCACAACUAUGUGGCCAAUUAAUCUUUGACAAAACAGGAAAGAAUAUCCAAUAGGAAAAAGUCUCUUCAACAAAUGGUAUUGGGAAAACUGGACCACUUUCUUAUACCAUACACAAAAAUAAAUUCAAACUGGAUUAAAGAUCUAAAUGUCAGACCUGAAACCAUAAAAAUCCUAGAAGAGAACACAGGCAGUAACUUUGACAUCGACCAACACAGCACUUUUCUAGUAUAUCUCCUGAGGCAAAGGAAAUAAAAGCAAAACUAAACUAUUGGGACUUCAUCAAAAUAAAAUGUUUCUGCACAGCGAAGGAAACAAUCAACAAAACUGAAAAGCAACCUAUGGAAUGGGAGAAGAUAUUUGCAAAUGACAUGUCUAAUAAAGGGUUAGUAUCCAAAAUAUAUAAAGAACUUAUAAAACUUAACAACAAAAAAAUGAAUAGUCAAAUUUUAAAAUGGGCAGAAGACAUGAAUAGACAUUUUCCCAGAGAAGACAUACAGAUGGCCAAAAGAUACACGAAAAAGUGCUUAACAUCAUUCAUCAUCAGGGAAAUGCAAACCAAAACUUCACUGAGAUAUCACCUCCUACCUAUCAGAAUGGCUAAAAUCAACAACAGAAGAAACAACAGAUGUUGGCAAGGAUGUGUAGAAAAGGGAACCUUCUUGCACUGUUGGUAGGAAUGCGAACUGGUGCAGCCAGUGUGGAAAACAGUAUGGAGGUUCCUCAAACAAUUAAAAAUAGAACCCUACAAUCCAGCAAUUACACUACUAGGCAUUGACCCAAACAAUACAAAAAUACUAAUUCAAAGGGAUACAUGCACCCUGAUGUUUAUAGCAGCAUUAUCUACAAUAGUCAAAUUUUGGAAACAGCCCCAAAACAAAUAUUUGUAAACAAUAUGUCAUGUCCAAGUGGAGUUUAUCCCAGGAAUGCAAGAUUGGAUUAACACUUGAAAAUCAAUUUAUCAUAUUAAUAAACUAAAAGAAAAAGCAUAUGAUCAUCUCAAAAGGCACAGAAAAUGCAUUUGACAAAAGCCAAUAUCUGUUCCUGAUUAAAAAUUCUCAAUAAACUAAAACUAGAGAUGAACUUCUCUAUUUGAUUUAAAACAAAACCAACCAAACAAACAAACAAACAAAAAACCACAGCUAACAUAAUACCUAAUGGUGAAAGGCUGAAUACUUUUCCCCUACAACAGCAACAUCCACUCUUAUCACUCCUGUUCAACAUUCUACUGGAGAUUCUAGCCAAGAAAAUAAGGCAAGAAAAAAAAAAAAAAAACAUGGUAAGGAAGAAGUAAAAUUCUCUUUACUUGCAAACAUUUUUAUCUAUAUAAAACAAAUUAUUGAAAUCUACAAAAAAGCUGGAGCUAAUGAGUUUACAAGGUUGAAGGAUACAAGAACAAUAUAUAAUAAUUGUAUUUUUAUAUACUAACAAUGAACAAUUGAAAUUAAAAAUUACCAUUCACAUUAGCAUCAAAACCUAUGAAAUCCUUAUGGAUAAAUCUAACAAAAAAAUAUGAAAUACAGGUACACUGAGAACUAUAGAACAUUGCUGAGAGAAACAAAGGAAGAAUUAGAUAAAUGGAGUGAUUUACUGUAUCCAUGGGUUGGAAGGCUCUAUCUUAUUAAUAUGUCUAGUCUUAGCAAAUUGAUCUGUAGAUUAAAUACAAUCCAGUAAAAAUCUCCAAAGCCUUUUUUAAAAUAGAAAUUGACCAACAGAUUUUAAAAUUCAUAUGGAAAUUCAAAGAACCUAGAAUAUCCAAACAGAAAAAGAAUUAAGUUGGAAGACUAAAACUACUUGAUUUCAAGAGUUAUUAUAACCUGUAAUAAUAAUCGAGAAAGUCUGUUAUUGGUGUAAAUAAAGACAGACCAAUGGAACAGAAUAGAAAGUCAAUGGAACAGAAUAGAGAAUCCAGAAUUAGACCAAUACAUAUAUGGUACUAAUUUCCAGCAAAGAUACAAAGGCAAUUUAGUGGAGAAAGGGUAGCACUUCAACAAAUGGUAAUGGAAUAAUGGAUAUCCAUAUAUUUUUAAAAGAACUUAAAUCCAUUCAAAACCUUAUACAAAACUAGCUUAACAUGUAAAUGUAAAAACUAACAGUAGUUUUUUCAGUGACAAUGAUAGAGUAGGUCUUUGGAGUUGCCCAUGGAGCUGGAGCUGUUGUGUCUCCUUCUACUUCCCAUUGCAAACAAUAAAGGCUCAUCACACUGGGAAAAACAAACUCUAAGACUAUAAACUUUCUAGAAAAAAAAAAAAAACUUGGAGAAAAUCUUGAUGACCUGAGGUUGGGCAAAGAGUUCUUAAAUACAAAAAGCGUGAUUCAUAAAACCCAAACUAAUAAAUUAGAACACCAAAAUUAAAAACUUCUCUUUGAAAGAUACUGUUAAGAGAAUAAAAAGACACAUCAUAAACUGGGAGAAAACGUAUGCAAAUCGUAUAUCUGAUAAAGCACUUGUUUCUAAAAUAUAGAAGUCCCAAAGCUUAAUAAUAAAAAAUUCAACCUAAAAAGAUGGGCAAAAGAUUUGAAAAAUACUCCACCAAAAAAGGUAUACCAAUGACAAGCACAUGAAAAGAUGCACAUUAUUAGUCAUUAGCAAAAUGAAAAUUAAAACCACAACAAAAUACUUUUUUUUACCAUUUUUAAUUUAUUGAGAUAUAAUUGACACACCAUAUUAUAUUAAUUUCAGGUGUACAAAUAGGGAUUUGAUAUUUGUAAACAUCGCAAAAUGGUCACCAUAGUAAGUGUAGUUAUCACUGUCACCUUAAUAAGUUAAUAUAGCAUUCUUGACUAUAUUCCAUUACUGUCCAUUUCCUGUCCAUUAUAUCUCCACGACUUGUUUAUUUUAUAGUUGGAAGUGUGCAAUUCUUAAUACCUUUCACCCAUUUUGCCCCCUCAAUCUCCCCCACACUUUGGCAAUGACCAAUCUGUUCUCUGUAGCAAUGACUCUGGGUUUUGGUUGGUUUUGUUUGUUUUAGAACCCACAUAUAAGGGAAUUCAUGUGGCAUUUGUCUUUGACUUAAUUCACUUAGCAUAAUACCCUGAAGGCCCAUUCAUGUUGUUGCAAAUGGCAAGAUUUCAUUUUUUUAUGGCUGAGUAAUGUACCACAACCUUUCUAUCCAUUCAUCUGUCAAUGGACACAGGUUGCUUCCAUAUCUUGGUUAGUGUAAAUGCUACAGUGAAUAUAGGGGUGCCUAUAUCUUUUUUAAUUACUAUCUUCAUUUUUUCUUUUUUUGGGUAGAUACUCAGUAGUGAAAUUCCUGGAUCAUAUGUAGCUCCAUACUGUUUGCCAUAGUGGCUGUACCAAUUCAUAUUCCCACCAACAGUGCAUAAGAAACACUUUUCUCCCUUUUCUCCACAUCCUCACCAACAUUUGUUAUUUCUUGUCUUUUUGGUAAUAGCCAUGCUGACUGCUGUAAGGUGAUAUCUCGUUGUGUUUCUGAUUUACAUUUCCUUAAUGAUUAAUGAUGUUAAGUACCUUUUCAUAUGCCUAUUAGCCAUCUGUAUGUCUUCCUUGGAAAAAUGUCUGUUCAGAUCCUCUGCCCAUUUUUUAAUCAGAUUUUUUUGGUUAUUGAGUUGUAUGAGUUCUUUAUAUAUUUUAUAUAUUAACCCCUUAUUGUAUAUAUGAUUUGCAAAUAUCUUCUCUCAUAAAGUACAUUGUCUUUUCAUUGUGCUGAUGGUUUUCUUUGCUGUGCAUAACUUUUUAGUUUGGUGUAGUCCCAUUUGUUUAUUUUUACUUUUGGUUCACUUGUUUUUGGAGUCAGAUCCAAGAAACAUCACUAAGACCAAUGUCAGGAAACUUACUGUCUAAUGUUUUCUUCUAGGAAUUUCAUGGUUUCAGGUCUUACAUUCAAGUCUUUAAUCCAUUCUAAGUUAAGUUUUAUGUAUGGUGUAGGAUAGCAGUCCAGUUUCAUUAUUUUACAUAUAGCUCUCCAGUUUUCCCAGCACCAUGUACUGAAGAGAGUGUCCUUUCCCCAUUGUAUAUCCUUUUAUCCUUUGUCAUAACUUAGUUGACUAUAUAUGCAUGGGUUUAUUUCUGUGUUUUCUAUUCUGUUCAAUUGAUCUAUGUGUCUGUUUUUAUGCAAAUACCAUACUGUUUUUAUUACUUUUUUAUACUGCUUUUAUUACUAUAGCUUUGUAGUAUAUUGUGAAAUCAGGGAGUAAAAUGCCUCCAACUUUGUUCUUUCUCCAUAUUGUUUUGGCUAUUAGAGAUCAUUUGUUGUUCCAUAUAAAUUUUAGAAUUAUUUGUUCUAAUUCUAUUUAAAAAAUUAGCAUUUUGAUAGGGAUUGCAUCAAAUCUGUAGAGUACUUUAGGUAGUAUGAUAUUGUUACAAUAUUAAUUCUUCCAUUAGCACAGACUAUCUCUUCAAUUUUUUGGCGUAUAAGUGUACUCUCUUAUGAUCCUUUGUAUGUGUUUGGUAUCAGUUGUAACUUUCUGAUUUUAUUUAUUUAAAUCCUCUUUUUUCCUUGUUGAGUCUAGCUAAAUGUUUGUCAAUUUUGUUUGUCUUUUCAAAGAACCAGCUCUUAGUUUCAGUGAUCUUUUCUAUUUUUUUGUGUCUAUUUUUUUUCACUCUCACUUUUUUAUUUCCUUCUCUCUACUAACUUUGGACUUUGUACUACUUUUUUUAAUUCCUUUAGGUGUAAAAUUAAAUUGCUAUUAUUCUUAUUUCUUGAGGUAGGCCUGUAUUGAUAUUAACUUCCCUCUCAGAAUUGCUUUUGCUGCAUCCCAUAAAUUUUGAUAUGUUACAUUUAUGUUUUCAUUUGUAUCUAUUUUUAAUUUUUCCUUUGAUUUCUUCUAUGAUCCAGUAGUUGUUCAGUAACAUGUUAUUUAAUCUUGUAUUAAAUUAUUUGUUAAUUAUGUUAAUUGUGUUAAUUAUGUAUUUGUAGUUUUCUCAUUUGUUUUUCUUGUAAUUGAUUCCUAUUAUCAUACCAUUGUGGUUUAGAAAAUAUGCUUGAUAUUAUUUCAAUCUUCUUGAAUUUAUUGAGACUUGUUUUGUUGCCUAACAUGUGAUCUAUCCUGGAGAAUGCUCCAUGUGCACUUGAGAAGAAUUUGUAUUCUGCUGUUUUGAAUCAAAUAUUCUCUAUAUAUCUAUCAAG